CAGGAUAAGGGGACAAAAGAAGAAAAUGUGGGAACUACUGCAGCUACAGAUUUCCAAGAAAGCAAUUUAUUUGAACCACUUGUAAACACAGAUGUUGAUAGGAAUGUGAAAUGCCAAUCACACCGAAUGAAUGUACGGGCAUGGAAGCCAAGUAGUUACAUUUCUCCAAGAACAGUUAUGGCGCCACGGUCUAUUGUGCUCUUUGUUGCUGCUGUUGUCAUGUGUUUUGGGAUAUGUGCUGUCCUCCUCCACCCCCAGAAGGUUGGGGAAUUUGCUAUUUCCAUUCGUCGGUGUGUGUUUAGUUAUCACGAGCAAUAGAAAGAAAAGGGUAUGUCAUACCUGGUGAUAUGUACGUAUCCUUUCCUGUGUAAAUUGCCAGUAAUGUAGUUUUGGUCAUGAUCAGUAGUUUAAUCAAUUGCGACUAUGCCUGUUGAGCAUAUUUUUCUGGGUGGGGAGUGCUGAGUUGAUUGGUUCAAUACCAUGAAAAGUUGAAAUAGGGGAAUGAAUUCCCAGUUUUAUUUGUUUUCUCUUUGUAAUGUAAAUGAGUUUUUGCAUAUUGAUGAUGGAAAGCGUAGUGUUGAUUCUCCUC